GCGUGGCUCCGCCCCCGGCAUCCAUGUCUGGAGUGGAGGGACGGAUCCGCGUCCUCGCUUUUCUGUGUACACAUUUUAGUAAAUAAACCGGGAAACGGGAACCGUAUCUGAAGGCAGCGGAUCAGACGGCAGCCCCUGAUCAUCGUGCUGUGCUGUUUGAGUACUGCCUGGAACUGUAGCUCGCAGUUUAUUCCCCGUUUUAACUUUACUGAGCGGCGUUUUCCGCCGUUUUUUCUCUUCCGCCGCCCCGCUCACUCUAACAUUAUAACCCCCCCCUCCCGCGUGAGAGUCGGGCCUGCAGCGUUGACUUGGCCACGAGGAGCGUUUGUACAACUGGAUCAGGGCGAUGGCGGAGUUCGGUAACGGACUGGCGGAGGAAUCCCUACUAGAUUCAGACCCCGGACAUCCCGAACUGGAAGACCCGGGAGUCGGUGACGAAGAACCAGGGUUAGAAGAGGGAGAGGCCGCGAUCGAAGACCCGGAGCUGGAGGCGAUCAAAGCUCGGGUCAGAGAGAUGGAGGAAGAGGCAGAGAAGCUGAAGGAGCUGCAGAAUGAGGUGGAAAAGCAGAUGAAUCUCAGCCCCCCACCAGUCGGCCCUGUUAUCAUGUCCAUCGAGGAGAAGAUGGAGGCAGAUGGCAGAUCUAUUUAUGUCGGAAACGUCGACUACGGAGCCACAGCAGAGGAACUGGAGGCUCACUUUCAUGGCUGUGGUUCAGUCAACAGAGUCACCAUCCUAUGUGACAAAUACACAGGCCAUCCCAAAGGGUUCGCCUACAUUGAGUUUGCAGACAAAGAGUCUGUGAGGACGGCCAUGGCUCUGGAUGAGUCUCUGUUCAGAGGAAGGCAGAUAAAGGUGGGCGCUAAGAGAACAAACAGACCAGGUAUCAGCACCACAGACCGCGGAUUUCCACGGGCUCGCUUCAGAUCACGGGGAGGGAGCUUCUCAUCACGUGCACGCUACUAUAGCGGCUACACGCCACCCAGAGGCAGAGGACGGGCCUUCAGGUUUCAGGACCAGUGGAGGCUGACGACCCCUCCCCAGGUGGCGCCGGCCCCCCCCACUGUCUCUGCAGCGUCUCUCUCUCUCUCUGCUCCCACUAUGCACACUCACCCCAUCUUGUCCGUGUGGGGGGGUGGGGGAGGGGGGCAGGGCGACCACAGGCCCGCGGCGGGGGGCAUUUAUUACAACAGCAAACGCUGAUGAUGCUUUUAGUCCUUUUCACACUAACACAGAUACACACAUAGACAACACACACCUACACAGAGACAGACACACACAGUGCAGUACGGCCUGUAACAGCCAACCCUACAUGAUUUCUAUCUGAGCUGAUCAGCAGCAGAGGCAGAGAGAGUGAGGAGGGCAGGACCAGAGACCAGGGUGUUUUUUUAGGGUGUACAGACCUUACAGCGCCCCCUUUCUGACUUGGCGCAGUGCAGUCACGGCUUGUCUGAGGAAGGCUGACGAGCUAAUGGCAUUGAUUAUUAAUUUAAUAAAUGGAGUGGGCCGGAGCUGUUGUUUUAGGGGUGGGGGUAGGGGGGUGGGGGGUGGAGACUUUUUCUUUUGUUUUUUCUUUUUGAAAAAGGGGGAGUGGGUUUCAACAAAUGUUUUGCUUUUUUUUAAUUUUUAUUUUUAACCCAUGAGUCUGUAAUUAGGAAAAAAAAAUAAAGACAUUGUGUAAAAAUGAGAAA